AUGGCGGUCUCCCAGCACUAUUUCAUCAAGAAUAUUCGAGUCUACUGGCUUGCGUUCGUCGUAUACUGGGGAAUUGUCUUAUUCGGCUAUGAUACCGGUGUCGCUGGCGCAGUUGUCAGCAGCAGUUUCUUCCAGUCUUCCUUCGGUUUAUUGGACGAGAAUGGGAAACUGAAUGUCCACAAGAGCAAUGCUAUCUCCUCUAACGUAGUAUCUGUCUUGCAAGCUGGUGCAUUUUUCGGUGCUCUUGGUAGCGCACCCGUGUCUGCGAAAAUUGGGCGUCGAAUGACACUCCUUGCAUUCUCAGUGAUCUUCCUUGUCGGAGCGAUCCUCACGACUGUCGCAAAAGGCGGGUCUUCAGGUCUGUCGGAGAUAUACGCUGGGCGGGUCAUUUUGGGCUUUGGCAUUGGUGGAAUUUCUGCUGUGUCCCCUGCGUUCGUCUCGGAGUGUGCUCCAAAAGAGCUCCGUGGUCGGAUAACGGGUCUAUUCCAGAUCUUCGUUGCCGUUGGGGUCAUGUUGUCCUACUGGGUUAAUUACGGUAUUGUCGUCAAUGAGAAGCCGGGACCCAACUUCUGGCGUAUUCCAUUUGGCCUUCAACUUGUACCCGCCGGAAUCAUGGUCAUCGGACUGUUCACCCUCAAAGAGUCUCCUCGUUUCCUUGCGUCCGUUGGGAGAACCGAAGACGCCAUUCGUAACCUCGCAUACCUUCGCAAGGAAGCCGAGGACAGCGAUAUCGUCAUUCGCGAAAUGGCUGAAAUCGAAGCCGCUAUUCUCGAAGAACGGGAGGCACGCGAAGGAUUAGGCUGGAAAGAGGCUUUCUUCGGCAAAGGAAACUUUAUUCGCUUUGUUAUUGCUUUCCUGAUCUUCUUGCUGCAACAAUGGGGCGGCCAGAACUCCGUUAACUACUACUCCCCACAAAUCUUUGCUUCGAUUGGUUACACCAACCGCAAGAACGGAUUGCUUGCAACAGGCGUCUACGGUGUCGUCAAAGUAGCAGCAACCUCCAUCUUCGUGUUCUCGGGAGCCAUUGAUUGGAUUGGGCGGAAACCUUCCCUUAUCACGAGCGCAUUCGGCAUGGGCAUUUGCUCAUUCAUUCUGGGGGCAUUGCUCAAAACGCAUCCGCCACCAGCGACAAACGGGAAUACUACCAUUGCGCAUACUCCUCCGGCCAGCCAAGCAAUGGCUGCGAUGCUGUAUUUCUACGUUACCUUCUACUCGGUUGGGUGGGGCCCAUUACCUUGGGUGUACUGUGCAGAUAUCUUCCCGACGAGGACAAGGCAUUAUGGGAUGGCCGUGGCCAGUGCCUCUCAAUGGGUCUUCAACUUCAUGUUGACGAAGCUUACUCUGCAGAUGGAGACUGCGCUUGGGUAUAAGCUCUUCUUGAUGUUUGGAGCUAUCGACAUCUUGGGCUUAGGCGUGUUUUCUAUCCUCCUUCCCGAGACCAAAGGUCGUUCACUAGAAGAUAUGGACAUCAUCUUUGGUGCCGUUACAGAAGAAAAGAGACAAGCAGAUAUCGUCAAGCAAGAAAGGGCACUUGACCAUGCCCCAGCGGGCGACGAUAAUGUCGACAAGCGGUCCGACGAGGAAAAGGUGUAG